CUCCUUCCUCCCCUCCCGCCGCCGCCUCCUCCUCUUCCUCCUCCUCUCCGGCUGCACAAAGAGCAACAGUGAAGGCCCUGGCUUGCCUUUAAAGGCAGCGGCUGGAAAUUUAAGGUGUCCCAGAGCCAUGUCUCUCCACAGCGCUCCUCGCCGCACCCCCCGGAUAAAUGGUUGUUGCGGUUCCUCACCCCGUAGGUCUCGGGCGGUUGGGCUGCCGUUAAUUGCACUUGGGUUUGUUUUGGACUGAUCAGCAGAGAAACUGAUACCGUUGCUCUGGGGUGGGAAAGGCCAGCAGUCUGUGCGAGAGAACCAUGUCUGUUCGGGAGUCAUUUAACCCAGAAAGUUAUGAACUGGACAAGAGCUUCCGCCUGACCCGAUUCACUGAACUGAAAGGCACAGGCUGCAAAGUGCCACAAGAUGUGUUACAGAAACUGCUUGAAUCUCUACAAGAAAACCAUUUUCAGGAAGAUGAACAGUUCCUGGGGGCAGUUAUGCCCAGGUUGGGAAUUGGGAUGGAUACUUGUGUUAUUCCAUUAAGACAUGGAGGUUUGUCGUUGGUCCAGACGACAGAUUAUAUUUAUCCUAUUGUGGAUGAUCCUUAUAUGAUGGGACGGAUAGCGUGUGCCAAUGUCCUAAGUGACCUUUAUGCCAUGGGGGUCACAGAAUGCGACAACAUGUUGAUGCUCCUUGGAAUAAGCAAUAAAAUGACAGAUAGGGAAAGAGACAAAGUGAUGCCUCUAAUUAUCCAGGGUUUCAAAGAUGCAGCAGAAGAGGCAGGAACAUCUGUUACUGGUGGCCAAACAGUGUUAAAUCCCUGGAUUGUUUUAGGAGGAGUGGCCACGACAGUCUGUCAGCCUAAUGAAUUUAUAAUGCCAGACAAUGCAGUGCCAGGAGAUGUGCUUGUAUUAACUAAACCCUUGGGAACACAAGUGGCUGUAGCUGUCCACCAGUGGCUAGAUAUUCCAGAAAAGUGGAAUAAAAUCAAACUAGUGGUAACGCAAGAAGAUGUAGAACUAGCAUACCAGGAAGCAAUGAUGAAUAUGGCACGACUGAACAGAACAGCUGCUGGACUCAUGCACACUUUCAAUGCACACGCAGCUACAGACAUCACAGGCUUUGGAAUCCUGGGGCAUGCACAAAACCUUGCCAAGCAGCAGCGAAAUGAGGUGUCCUUUGUUAUUCAUAACCUUCCUGUUCUUGCUAAAAUGGCUGCUGUCAGUAAGGCUUGUGGCAAUAUGUUUGGCCUCAUGCAUGGGACUUGUCCAGAGACUUCAGGAGGCCUCCUCAUCUGUUUACCACGAGAACAGGCAGCACGUUUCUGUGCCGAGAUCAAGUCUCCAAAAUACGGCGAAGGUCACCAAGCAUGGAUUAUUGGCAUUGUAGAGAAGGGCAACCGCACGGCCAGAAUUAUAGACAAACCACGAAUCAUUGAAGUUGCACCACAGGUGGCCACUCAGAACGUGAACCCAACGCCUGGUGCCACCUCUUAAUAUUUAGAUGAAAUAGCUGUUUGUUUUUAAAUAGAUCUAUUCCUUUAUCAUCCUACAAUUUAAAGAACUGUAAAAAGAAAAGAAAACUUGUUGUGUCUGCACAUCUGGCGGCCUUAGGUCAGUUUAUGAGUGGAUACAAUUAAUAAAAUAAAAUCCAUUGCCUUUU